CAAUUAAUUAGGUCUACUGGAAUUCUUCAACGUUUUUUCAAUAUUUGGAUGCAUGAAGAUGAAUUCAACCGUCGAAACUUUUCAAACUCCGAUCGUGGCCGUAAGAUGACUAUGCAUGUUCUCUUUCUCCCUUAUAUAUUAUUCUCAUAUGUUUUCCCUUUAGCUAUUUCAUUUCUGGAUCUCUACUUCAUCGAACCUGUGAAUCUAGACACUAUUUCGGCUUCAAGUUUAGGUAAUUAAUUUUAUGAUGUAAAUCGUUUAUUAAGUUCAUCUUUAGAAGUGAAUAUAUUUCUUGUACAAAUCAUGUUUCUUAAAAUUGUCUGAUAGCUCUUUCAUUUUUGGAUACUAUUUCUGCUUCAGUGAACCGAUGAAUCUGGACACUAUUUCGGCUUUAAAUUUUGCUAAUUAAUCUUAUGCCCAUUAGAUAUCUCUGCAUUAAUGACCAGCCAACUCAACCUUAUAAAUCAAGACGGAGUCCUUUGCUUGGCAUGCCUCACCGAAUAUAAUACUUCAAGGAGGCUAAAGAAUUCCAAUGAUAUGAAGAAACACUAUAAAUGGCACAAAAAGAAGUACAAUCAUUACUCUGGAAAGUGCGGAAUUUUUUUUCUACGAGAAGCGGACUUGUCCAUCCACAGAGAGGACGUAGAUCACAAAAAGAAGUUCUCUUGCGCUAGGGUUUCUUCAACAUCGGUCGUCUUGCUCUGGAGCGGCAGCGAAGAUGCCUUCGUUCAAGACUUUCCGGAUCAAGAAGAAGCUGGCAAAGAAGAUGAGGCAGAAUAGACCCAUUCUCCAUUGGAUUCGCAUGAGGACCAACAACAUCAUUAGGUACAAUGGUAAGCACAGGCACUGGAGACGCACCAAGCUAGGGUUUUAAGGAUACUCUCAUGUGAUCGCUGAUUUGGGUUCAGGGUAACCGCACUGUUUUCCCUUUUAUUAUUUGAAUGACAUGUGUUUUAGAGUUCUGUUUUGUUUUAGUUAUUUAUGAAAAUUCAUUGAUGUGUUGGAAACUUUGUUAGUUUUGAGUAUUGAAACUGUGAAUAUUUGCUACGCUCUUUUAUAUGAAUUUCAGAUUGUGGUUAAAA